ACAAUAGCGCGCUGGCGCACCUCCACGCGCAAACACUCUCAGAGAGGAGGUAAACUCAGUGAAGACGCAGGCAGGUCCACUUUUUAGGCAACUUUUUAGGCAACUUUUUCCCCUUAAAGACGCGUUCAGGGACCAACACUCUAAGGAAUAUAGUCUCUUUCAGUUGCCUUCUUGCACACAAUGGAGGAGUGGACUAUUUUUUUUUCAAAUGGGAAUUACAUGCGCGCGUGAAACUUUGGCUCUCUUUUCUCCUCAGUGAUUGUCAGACCCGUUUCGCUUCGAAACAUGCCGGAGCGAAUAAGCAUUUCGGACUUCGUGGUCCUGACGAACGAGGAUUUGUCUUCGCCGGGGACGUCAAGUUUUCAGUCCAAAAUGAGCGACUGUCGGAGCACAGUUUCAACCGUGGAGGAGUCUCUGGAGAUGGACCUCACAACUCUACAGAGGAUGAAGAAGAUCAUUAAAACUAUACACACGUCUGGACUCUCCCAUGUGGACAACAAGGAGCAGUAUAUUGAGGUGCUGGAGAACCUGGGAAAUAGCCACCUGACCCAGGACAACAACGAAGUCUCCACAGGCUUCCUCAACCUGGCUGUGUUCACCAGAGAGGUCACGGCCCUCUUCAAAAAUCUGGUGCAAAACCUCAACAACAUCAUGGCAUUUCCUCUGGAAAAUGUCCUGAAGUCAGAACUCCGGGACAGCAGACUAGAGCUCAAGAAACAGAUGGAGAAGAGUUGGAGGGAGUAUGACAUAAAAAUAGGGAAGCUUGAGAAGGAAAGGAAGGAGAAGACCAGGCAGCUGGGACUGAUCAGGACAGAGGGAUCAGACGGAGGGGAGGACAUGGAGAGAGAAAGAAGGACCUUUCAGCUGCAAAUGUGUGAGUAUCUUUUAAAGAUCCAAGAGCUCAAGGUGCGUCAGGGCCCUGAUCUUCUCCAGAGCCUCAUCAAGUAUUUCCAAGCCCAGCUCAGUUUCUUUCAGGAUGGGCUGAAAGCGGCAGAGAAUCUCGCUCCCUUUAUCGAGAAGCUUGCUGCUUCUGUUCACACGGUGCGUCUGGACCAGGACGAGGAGGUAAAACAACUCACUCAGUUGAGGGAUUCUCUCAGAUUACUUCUGCAAGUGGAGGGGAAAGAGGAAUAUCUGAACAGGAAGAACUCUGGCAACGGGUAUAGCAUCCACCAACCACAGGGCAACAAGAAGUAUGGGACAGAGAAAUCUGGCUUCCUGCUCAAGAAGAGUGAUGGGAUAAGGAAGGUGUGGCAGAAGAGGAAGUGUGGAGUGAAAUUUGGCUGCCUGACCAUUUCCCACAGUACGAUCAAUCGACCCCCAGCCAAGUUGAACCUACUGACCUGUCAGGUGCGACCGAACCCAGAGGAUAGGAGGACCUUUGACCUGGUCACUCAUAAUCGGACAUACCAUUUCCAGGCAGAAGACGAGCAGGAAUGCGUGAUUUGGGUGUCAGUGCUGCAGAACAGUAAGGAGGAGGCCCUGAACACAGCAUUGGGAGGAGAUCAGCUCCACCUCCAGGACAGCGGGCUCCAGGAACUUUCCCGAGCCAUCAUCGCUGAGCUCCGACACAUGCCUGGCAACGAGGCCUGCGCUGACUGUGGAGCUCCAGAUCCAACUUGGCUGUCGACCAAUUUGGGCAUCCUGACCUGUAUAGAGUGCUCUGGCAUCCACAGAGAGCUGGGUGUCCACUACUCCAGGAUCCAGUCUCUCACUCUGGACCUACUGAGCACCUCUGAGCUUCUGUUGGCUGUCAGUAUUGGCAACACCAGAUUCAAUGACAUCAUGGAGGCGGGUCUUCCAAAUGACUCGGUCAAACCAUUACCACAAAGUGACAUGAAUGCCAGAAAGGAGUACAUUGUAGCGAAGUACGCAGAGCGCCGGUAUGUCGUGCGUAGAGAAGAAGCAGAUCCUGGCCGGCUGUAUGACGCCGUGAGGAGUCGUGACCUCACUUCUCUUCUACAGCUCUACGCUGAGGGAGCGGACCUGGCCAAACCACUCACACUGUCUGAUGGACAGGGGGUCAGAGAGACCGCUCUUCAUCUUGCUGUGCGUCUGGAGGAAAGAAGCUCUCUGGCGCUGGUGGAUUUCCUCUGCCAGAACAGCAAUUGUCUGGAGAAGAGAACAGCAGAAGGAAACACAGCUCUCCACUACAGCGUUCUGCAUCACAAGCCAGAGUCUCUCAAAUUAUUGCUCAAAGCAAAGGCAGCCCUACACACAGUAAACUCUGCAGGAGAGACAGCCCUUGAUGUUGCACGGAGACUGCAGCACACGCAAUGUGUCGAGCUGUUGGAGCUGGCCCAGAGUGGGAAGUUUAACUCACAGAUCCACGUGGAAUUCAUGUGGGAGACACAGUCUCAGGAGUUUUAUGACAGUGAGGAUGACCUGGAUGAGAGGGUAAGCCCAUUACCCAAAAACCGCUCUCCUCUGUCCUCAAAUGGAAGUGGUGGGACUUCUUUUGGCCGCUGGAGUGUGGCUAAUGGUGCCAGUGGUGGUGUUGGAAGCAGGCCUUGUCAAACGUAUGAGAAUCUAGACUUCCUAUACAGAAAUCCUCCAGCCAACAGCGCCCCCUCUGGAGCGUCAGCACCACCACCACUGCCAGCUAAAUGCAUCCAGAGAGGUCGCUCAGAUCCCCAGAUUUCGGUCACGACGCAGGAAGGCAACCCCCUUCCACGACGGUGCUCUAACCCGGCCUCCCAUUCCUCUAGUCCCCAGACACAGGCCAGGCAUAACUCUCCGUCACCCAACAUAGAAAACCAAGGUCAAGCGGGGAGACCACCUAGGUCUCCCCACGGACAGGGAGGUCUGCUCAGGGGACAGAAACAGACCUGGGAGGGCCAACCUGGUGCUAGUUCUGGGUCUCAAAGCAGUAUCGCAUCAACAUCCUCUCAGAACCACAUAGGGCCUGUGAGUUCAGAGAAGACCACAUCGUAUCGUCGGACCAGCAGUGGAGGAGGCAGCCAGGGGAAGUGUGGUGUGCUGUCUCCAAGCUGUGUAGGCAGCCAGGAGGAGCUGUAUUGCAGCUUAGUGGGGAAUAGUCCGGGCCUCACCCCAGCUCCAGCUCCAGCACCGUCAUCCUCACCUACCGUGACCUGUGCCCCACGACCCCGAAGGAACGCUAUGGUUUCUGGCAGCAGGCCACAUCAGAAGCGUGUCAAGGCUUUAGUGGACUGCAGAGCAGUGAGUUCUGAGCAGCUCGCCUUUUUCAAAGAUGAGAUCAUUGUGGUCACGGCCGCUAAUGACCCCCACUGGUGGGUUGGUCACAUAGAGGGGGACCCGUGCAGGAAUGGGACCUUUCCUGUCAACUAUGUACACAAACUCACAGACUGAAGGAACAUGGAAAUGUGAAAGUACUGUAUGUACAUAGUAGAGGAACUGAACCAGCUUGGGAUGCUUCAUAGAAUCUUGUCGUCACCACACAGUGGAUUUUAUCUACAGGAGAGGACAGUGUUGUUCUCCUGGAUCCAACUCAAACUAAAGUGUCAAAUAUUUCCACAUAAGGAUGUAGCCAAAGGAUACCUGAGGAUAUAAAUGGCACUAUUUUAUGGAUUUAUACCCUUUAACAUUUCCUGGUAACUAACAUUGGAACUGAAGGCUUUCACAGCCCCAUAAAGCCUCUUAUUACAAGGACUAUAUUUUCUUCCCUGUUGCUCUAUCCUUGUGUUUUCUAACUGCAUCAUGUUUCUCCAGUUGUUUAAACCAUGAACCACUAAUAAUAGGUACGAAUGCAUUUGUGGUUGGGGUAGAAACUGCUUUUAUGUCCAUUUAACAUUAACAUUUAACCAAUAAUGACUAUGAGGCAAAACUUACCUGCAGGGCAAAACCCCUUAAGGCACUUUAAACUCACUGAGAAGAAAUCUUCUGAAGAGUUGGCAGAGCUGCAAAUUUGUACCUAGCCAGCUGCUGUAUAGGGAUGUAGCUGCUUCUGUUCCGAACAGAAACCGUCUAGUCUUUUAAAUCACAGUAUACUGAGACAUUUUGAGGUUCAAACCUGCCCAGUGUCUGUUGCAGCCUGCCCUGGGACUCUAAAAGUGGCUUUGUGCCUGCCAGUCUGUCUCCAACAAAGCGGCAGGCGUCUGGGUAGCCCAAGGAGAGAUCUGAAACUUUAGCUCAGCCAUCUUGGCUCUGGGCACAGCUCACUGGCUGCAAGGGGAGUGGAGGAUCCAGUUUCUUCUGGCUCUAGGCAUCUGUCUCUGGAGAACCUGGAAUAAUGACAGUGUGUUAAAAAAACAAAAAAAAUAAAGACUCUCUCUGUUUUACCAGGAAAUGGCACUUAAAGAGAGCUUGUUAGUAACAGCACCCCACUGCAGUAAUUUGUUCAGUGAACACACUCAGAGUGGGCAUGUGUGUAUCCCACCAGAUAUACACAAGCUACUCUGUGUACUUUUACACACAGAGUAGCUUUUAGGAUUUAGGAUCCUUUAGGGAAGAAAGGAGAGAUGGGAGUGGGAGAGGUGUAACUGCUCCACUUUUUAUACUUGUAACAAACACCCAAAUGUCACAUUCCACAGCUAAUACACACACUUUGUUAGACAUACUUGUCUAAAAAUGUCCUAUGUACAAUAUAUAUCACCUGUUUUCUCAUCUGUUGUGCAUUAUAAAGCGUUGUAGUAUCACAGAUAGUGUUAUUUCAUGUUGGUAAAUGAUGUCCUCUUCUGUCCCCCUUCUGUUUCACUGGUUGUCUAAAUGGCUUUCAGAAGGAGAGAAAAAAGAAGGGAAUUGACACAGUUGCAUAAUCAGUGUUCAGGAAGGAUCCCGUCUCCCCAAACUGAAAACAAACACUGCCUUUGAUAAGUAACGGUGAGCAGGAGCAGGUGUUCACUUCCUUUUAAUCAUUCCUGAGUUUAAACGAACUGGCCAGGCGUCUGUUUGCUUGUCGCUGUUUCCGCUGACGUUGUCUUGUUACAGUGUGUAAGCAAACAAAUCACAAGACAGGCAGGUUCUCGGAUAAUUGUGGAGCAGUGGAUGACUGUAAGUAACUGUCAAAUGUGAGCAAUAGUAAAUUAACUAAUUUUAGCCAGUAUAUUUGUAUCAUGCACAUAAAACAUGUUUAAUAAAGUAAAAAAAAUGUAAUAGUGUAAAUUAUGUGGUAUGUUUCUGUAUCUGGUGUGACUGUACUAGACUAAUGUAGUAUAAAACCUACUUCCUAGUAAUGUGUAUUAUAUAAACUGACUGUGACAGGGGUUUUGUGGCCAUGAUUACAUUCUGCACACCUAUACUGCACACUAUGUAUACAAAUUCAAAUGAGUGGAUGUUGUCACUUCUGGCUGACCAUCAAAUAGGUGUUUUUAAUACCAGUAAGUCCAAUAAUUCAAAAUCCAUGGACAUGGCUCAUUUAUGAGCUUUAAAGGACCAGUGUGUGGGCUUUAGUGACAUCUAGUGGUGAAGCUGCAGAUUGCAACUAACUGAACACCGCAUGCAUCUGUUCUUGACAACCUGGGAAUGAGAACAGGCUGUGAAGUGUGAAGAAAGAAGCUACGUCGACUGCGAAAGACCCUUUCUACAGCCAUUAUUUGGUUUGUCCAUUCUGGGCUACUGUGGAAACAUGAC